CCUUUAGUUAUGUUAUAAUUAUUAUUAGUGUAUACCACACAAGUGAAUAGUGCUUUCCGCCCUGUUGUAGAUGGUCCCCGGGCGCCCGCGACGGCGCCCGCAAUCUCGUUCCCUGAGCCUUCGUUACCCUUGUCCAGCGGAACAAGCGUAACGAAGGCUCUGGGAACGAGAUUGCGGCGCCCGCCAAAACGGAAGAGCAUGCGCAGUCACUGUACCGUCAAAGACCGCCAAAACGAUUUGCAGUCAUAAGCACUGUUGUGCGGUUGUACCCGUGGUCUUGCGAGUUGUAUCAUUCUCUGCUGUUUCUGGUUGCAGGGUGUCACCUUCAUCGCUUAUUUGUGUCCAAAAAAUCUCCCAAGCCACAUGGAUACUAAAUCCAACAGAUGUACAUCAAGUUUGAAAAGACAUAUUAAAGUUCACAGUGGCAACAAACACUACAAAUGCACUAAGUGUAAGAAAUGUUUUAACUACUCAUCGCAUUUGAAAAGACACCUGAGGAUUCACAUUGGUGAGAAACCCUACAAAUGUACUCAGUGUAAGAAAUGUUUUAACCGCUCAUCGAAUUUGAAAACACACCUGAGGAUUCACAGUGGUGAGAAACCCUACAAAUGUACUCAGUGUAAGAAAUGUUUUAACCGCUCAUCGAAUUUGAAAACACACCUGAGGAUUCACAGUGGUGAGAAACCCUACAAAUGCACUCAGUGUAAGAAAUCCUUUAACCAAUCAUCAACUUUGAAAACACACCUGAGGAUUCACAGUGGCGAGAAACCCUACAAAUGCACUCAGUGUAAGAAAUGUUUUAACCAACCAUCAAUCUUGAAACAACAUAUGAGGGUUCACAGUGGUGAAAAACCCUUCAAAUGCGACCAAUGCCGUAAAUGCUUCAAGUAUGAUAAGACGUUGAAGAGACACAGAUGCAGUGAAUGUUCUCCUGAAGACAGAGAAAAUUUUACCUGCUGGAUGUGUGGAGAGUACUGUCAUAAUGUAUGCGGGAUUCUCUUUCACAUGUCAGAACAUGGUAUGCGGAAAUCUUGAUACUCAGGAAAGUUGGGGUAUACUCCUGUUUGAAAAAAAAAAAUGUCAAAUAGGAAUUUAUAAGAUUAUUGAUCAUGACUUGUAGCAUUCACAGUGUACCAGUACCUUGCCAGAAUUUUAUUAGCUAUUAUCUAAAUCAAUUACACGACUGGUUUGAGAAUUCUUAAAAUCCCAGACUACCUUAGUUUUAUGUAUUGUUAGUUCCUGUUUAUCUUGUUUUUAAUCUUUCUAUUAUUCUAUUUUGUUAUUGAAAGUAAAUGUACAUUUUGAUUUAAUAGGCUUUUUUUCCCCUUGACACUCAGUUAGUCAGUCACAUAGCAUAUGAACUAGCUUGGUAGUUGGAAAGUUGGGAUAUUAGAUCAGUUAAAUUAACAUUAGCCUCCAGCGCAGACGCUUACUGGGCUCGUCAUGGCGUGAUGAAGAGAUUCCUGUUGCGCGUGAAAAUAUUACUGUAGGUACAAAGUUAAGGAAGACGUCACUUUGUAGUGGUUGAUAUUGCAAUUAUUUGGCUGCUUCGGUAAGUUUUCAAGACUAGUGUUUUAUUACGUUGACUACUCGAACCAAGCCACGUGGGCCAAAUAGCUGUUUUCAACUUUGUUCACUUGGGCAGAGUUAAUUAUGCAAGCAGAACGUUAAUUAAGAACAAAGGCUGGCGAUAUCUUUUUUUGUAACUGAACCGCUGACCUUGAAGAAUAUAAACAUGAAGUUGUUGAUCUCUCAGGAAACUAUGUCAUGUUUUUAUUCAUUAGUUUUGAUCUUAUUUUUUGAAACAGUUUUAGACUUUGUCGGCCAAUAAAAUGUUACAGGUAAGAGUUUCACAUGCAAAAUUCCCCCAAAGGAAACAAAACACCCAAGUGAGAUAGAAUCCAAAGGGUGUGGACCGAUGAACAAUCAACGCAAUUUGCACAUAUAAAAAUUAUCUUAUCGCCGUGAAACCAGCAGUCAUAUAAUCAACAACAAGUUUAUUGAUCAGAAUUAAUUAUUCGAUCUGAGACAUACACUUAUAUAUAUUACCAUUGUCAUUUAGGAUCAAACCUAACGAAUAAUCGAAUGAGCAAGUUUUCCAAGAGGUGCGCAACUUUGUUGGGUUUCAAACUAUUUUGUCGAACUGUAUUGUUUGCAUUCUUCGAUUUCAUUGGUUCGUUUACGCAAAAAGACACCAUCCUUUGUUCUUGCUGAUGUUCCAAAUGCCCUGGUUGUUUUCAUUGGUAUUGAAUUAUGUUGCAUUGAACAAUUUGUAUUAACCAGGACUUAAUAACUUUUGGUUAAUUAAAGAAGUUGUGUUUCAGCUGCCAGACACAAA